GGGGCCGGCCUCCAUGUAGACCCUGGGGGCCGCUCGCUCCUGCCAGCACGCCUUCAUCAAGGCCGGUAGCCUGGUGCACGCUCGCCUUCCCGCCCUCCCCGCGCCGCCUCUGCUGCCGCCCCCUCCUUGGAAACCAAGUUACCAACGUUAAACCAAUCCCCAAGCGCAACUCAGCCUCCUCCACACCCCACCCGCCGCGCCGCGCAGUCCUCUAGCCCAGCUCAGCGCUCGCGCUCCCCUCGCCUCCUGCGCUUCCCCCGCGGCGGCGAUGCCAGGACCCUCGCCAGGGCUGCACCGGGCGCUGCUCGGCCUCUGGGCUGCCCUGGGCCUGGGGCUCUUCGGUCUCUCAGUGGUCGCGCAAGAGCCUUUCUGGGCGGACCUACAGCCCCGCGUGGCGCUCGUGGAGCGCGGGGGAUCGCUGUGGCUGAAUUGCAGCACCAACUGCCCACGGCCCGAGCGCGGUGGCCUGGAGACCUCGCUGCGCCGGAAUGGGACCCAGAGGGGUUUGCGCUGGCUGGCGCGGCAGUUGGUGGACAUCCGAGAGCCGGAGACCCAGCCCGUCUGCUUCUUCCGCUGCGCGCGACGCACACUGCAGGCUCGCGGGCUCAUUCGCACUUUUCAACGGCCGGAUCGUGUAGAACUGGUGCCGCUGCCUGCCUGGCAGCCAGUGGGCGAGAACUUCACCCUGAGCUGUAGGGUCCCCGGCGCUGGGCCUCGUGGGAGUCUCACAUUGACCCUGUUGCGGGGCGCCCGGGAGCUGAUCCGCCGCAGCUUCUCCGGGGAGCCACCCCGAGCGCGGGGUGCGGUGCUCACAGCCACGGUACUUGCUCGGAGGGAGGACCAUGGGGCCAAUUUCUCGUGCCGUGCGGAGCUGGACCUUCGGCCGCAUGGCCUGGGGCUGUUUGAAAACAGCUCAGCCCCCAGAGAGCUCCGAACCUUCGCCCUGCCUCCGGAACCCCCUCGCCUCGCUGCCCCCCGGCUCUUGGAAGUGGGCUCAGAAGGACCCGUAAGCUGCGCCAUGGACGGGCUGUUUCCAGCCUCGGAGGCUGAGGUCUACCUGGCGCUGGGGGACCAGAGGCUGAGUCCCGAUGUCACCCUCGAGGGGGACGCUCUCAUGGCCACUGCCACAGCCACAGCUAGCGCAGAGCAGGAGGGCGCCAGGCAGCUGGUCUGCAACGUGACCCUGGGGGGCGAGAGUCGAGAGACCCAAGAGAACGUGACUGUCUACAGCUUCCCGGAACCCCUCCUGACCCUGAGCGAGCCCAACGCCCCCGAGGGGAAGAUGGUGACAGUAACCUGCGCAGCCGGGGCCCGAGCCCUAGUCACACUAGACGGAAUUCCAGCCGCGGUCCCGGGACAGCCCGCCCAGCUCCAGCUGAACGCCACCGAGAACGACGACAGGCGUGGCUUCUUCUGCGACGCCACCCUCGAAGUUGACGGGGAGACCCUGAGAAAGAACGAGAGCGCCGAGCUGCGCGUCCUAUACGCCCCCCGGCUGGACGAUUCGGGCUGUCCCAGGAGCUGGACGUGGCCGGAGGGACCAGAGCAGACGCUGCGCUGCGAGGCCCGUGGAAACCCAGAGCCCUCGGUGCACUGUGCGCGGCCCGACGGCGGGGCGGUGCUGGCCCUGGGCCUGCUGGGUCCGGUCACUCGCGCGCUCGCUGGAACUUACCACUGCACCGCGACCAACGUCCAGGGCCAGGCGGUCAAGGACGUGACUCUGACGGUGGAGUAUGCACCAGCGCUGGACAGUGUGGGCUGCCCUGAACGCAUUACCUGGCUGGAAGGAACAGAGGCCUCCCUGAGCUGUGUGGCCCAUGGGGUCCCGCCACCCAACGUGAACUGUGUGCGCUCUGGGGAAGCCAGGGUCGUCGAGGGCACACUGCGUGUGGUCCGGGAGCACGCGGGCACCUACCGCUGCGAAGCCACUAAUGCUCGAGGGUCUGCAGCCAAAAAUGUAGCCGUCACGGUGGAAUCGCCACCGCAAAUGGAUGAAUCUACCUGCCCGAGUCACCAGACGUGGCUGGAAGGCGCCGACGCUGCUGCGCUGGCCUGCUCCGCCCGGGGUCGCCCCUCCCCACAAGUGCUUUGCUCCCGGGAGGGCGCGCCCCGGCCGCAGCGGCUGCGCGUGUCCCGACAGGAUGCAGGCAUCUACCGCUGCCUGGCCACCAACGCGCACGGCACUGACGCCCGGAUCGUCACCGUGGGCGUGGAGUACCGCCCCGUCGUGGCCGAGCUGGCUGCCUCGCCUCCAGGAGGCGUGCGGCCAGGCGGGAACUUCACGCUGACCUGCCGAGCGGAGGCUUGGCCCCCAGCCCAGAUCAGCUGGCGUGCGCCCCCGGGGGCGCUCAACAUCGGCCUGUCAAGCAACAACAGCACGCUGAGCGUGGCGGGCGCUAUGGGCAGCCACGGCGGCGAGUAUGAGUGCGCAGCCACCAACGCGCAUGGGCGCCACACCCGGCGCAUCACCGUGCGCGUGGCUGGUCCGUGGCUAUGGGUCGCUGUGAGCGGCGCGGCUGGGGGCGCGGCGCUGCUGGCCGCGGGGGCCGGCCUGGCCUUCUACGUGCAGUCCACCGCCUGCAAGAAGGGCGAAUAUAAUGUGCAGGAGGCCGAGAGCUCGGGUGAGGCCGUGUGUCUCAACGGCGCGGGUGCCGGCGCCGGCGGGGGCGGGGGCGCCGAAGGUGAGACUGAGGCUGUGGGCACCGCAGAGGCGCCGGCGGGGGGCGAGGUCUUUGCCAUCCAGCUGACGUCAGCGUGAGCCUGCUCCCCUCUCCCCGCGGGCCGGGGGACGCCCCCCAGACUCACACGGGGGCUUAUUUAUUGUUCUAUUUAUUUAUUUAUUUAUUUAUUUAUUUAUUUAAUUCAAUUCCAGGGGCGUCACCCCCCAUUUUCUACCCCCCUUCCCCAAUGAAGUUUUUAUAAAGGACUUCGGCUCCAUCUGUUUCAGUCUGCGAUGCAGAAGCAACGCAGGGUUCGAAUCCCAACCCUGUGGGUGUUUAUUCAAAAAACCAUUUUUGCUUUUGAGGGCCUACUAUGUGUCAGGCACAGUCCAAGCCGCCAUUUCGCGAUGUGACCGGGAGUUUGCGCUCUCCGUGCCCUGUUUCGUGCUCUCCCUGGACCCUUGGGCGGGGCUGGGGACCUGGCUCCUUCCUCCCUCUCAAUGCUUAUCUCUUCCGCCCAGCGCUGCCCUCUAAUCCGGCUAAUGUUGGGGGUGGGAGCUGGGUGCUUCCCCCAGGCCUGCUUCCAGGAGGAGCUGAGGCUGCCUUCCCUGGAUGGGUGGAGGCCCUUUCCCAGGGGUCUGGGCAUCGCCCCAGCCCUGAGGCCUUGCAGGGAUGGGUAAAGGAAGCUGCAGCUCCAAGUGUCAGCCGCUGCGAUGUCCCUCCUAUUACAGGGUGCACCCCUGCCCCACCCUCAAGGCCUCCUCCAUCCUGUGUCCAUCCGCGGUGCCUCAGUUUACCCACAAGCUGCCUUUCGACUUGGCCCAUCACGAUUCGGAAGAGACACAUAGGGUAUCAGCCACAUCCCCGCCCCCUGCUCACCACCAGUCAACCCCCUCACCCCCC